AAGAUGAGGUUUAAAGGUGGAAGAGCAGAAGGGAAGGCAGUUAUUGCAGGACUAUCAUGUAGAUUACCAAAGUCUGAUAACAUUGAUGAGUUUUGGAACAACUUAAUAAAUGGAAAAGACAUGAUUGGAGAAACAAGAUGGCCAGUUGGAUUAUAUGAUACCCCUCCUCGUGCUGGACUUAUCAAUGGUAUUGAUAAAUUUGAUGCAGGCUUCUUUAGAUUUACAGAUUCUGAGGCACACAAUAUGAAUCCCUUACUUCGACAUUUAUUUGAAGUAUCGUAUGAGUGUAUCACAGAUUCUGGUAUACCACUAAGUGUGUUACAUUCUAACACUACAGGAACAUACACAGCAUGCUUUAUUCCUGACAAUGAUCCACUGGAAACAUCACGAUGUGCAGAUUCCAAAUAUUGUACAACUGUAUCCAUGAUAACUGGUCACUUAAUGAACCAGUUCAGAUUUACUGGACCUAGUGCCACAGUGGAUUCAGCCUGCAGUUCUAGCGUGUCUGCUAUGGAAAUGGCUGUACAAGACCUAAUGACUGGACGUUGUCAGUUUGCUUUAGUAACAGCAUGCAAUUUGUUAUUGAAUCCAAGCUAUCUACAACAGAUGAGUUUUCUUGGGAUGUUAAGUUCAGAAGGACAGAGCAGAGUAUUUGAUGCUGAUGCCAAAGGAUAUGUGAGAGCUGAGGGUAUUGUGUCGAUAUUACUUACUAGACAGGCAAGUCUGUGUCAGAGAAUAUAUUGCUCAGUAAUUGAUGUGAAAACAAGCUGUAAUGGGUAUAAUCCUGAUGGCAUCACUUUCCCCAGCAAAGAUUGUCAGUGUGCUUUGAUGAAAGAAAUCUACAAAAGAUCUGAAGUAAAGUGGGAUGAUAUUGCCUACAUGGAGCUUCACAGCACUGGUACACCAGUAGGUGAUCCAAUAGAAGCAAGGAGUGUUACAGAAGCUAUAUGUUCCGCCAGAGAGAAACCACUACUAAUUGGAUCUGUUAAAGCUAAUAUGGGCCAUAGUGAAGCAACUGCAGGAUUGGCAAGUUUAGUGAAAUGUAUAUUAGCAGCUCGACAUGGUAUAAUACCUCCACAGAUCAACUUUAAAACACCAAAUCCUAAUAUUGAGGCCAUUAAAGAGGGAAAAAUAGUUGUUGUUAAAGAGCCUACCGAGCUGAAAGGAAAAACCUUUUGUCUGAUACCUGUUACUGCCCGUACUGUACAAGAACAAGAAGCAAUUAAAGAUUUUGUGUCUAAAAAUAAAGAUGAUGUAACACUUAUGGCUCACCUAAGUUUAUCAUUACUAAGUUAUGAUGUUAGAAGACAAAUAAGAGGAUAUUUUAUAUCAGAUCCAAAUAGUCCAGAGCUGACGCAAAGAUUUUCAGAUGAAGAACCAACUUGUUCAGAACUUUGGCUUUGUCUACAAGAUUUUAUAUGGGAUACAUUAGACUUCAAUCCACAAUUACUCAAUAAUGGCUGUUUUAUGAAGUCUAUUAUACAGUCACAAGUUAUUGUAAAGGACAAGAUUGGAUUAAAGAUGAUCAUGACAGAGGCUUUAAAACUUCAGGUGAAACCCACUACAGCAAAUGGAUUUGUCAAAGCUAUAGCAAUAAUGAUAGGUAUUGUUGACUGUCUCCAGGCUGCUAAGGUUAACAUCUCAGGUGUAUAUGGGAUUGGUUUGUCAGAGAUUGUAGCGUGCUAUGUGGACAACAGCCUGACGAGAGAACAGUGUUUAAGAGUGGCAUACAUUGUAGGGCAAACUAUAGAAGAGCAUUCCAGACACAGUGGUGGUUACUACCAACAAUUAACAGAUGGUAUAAUACUAUACAGUAGACUGUUGGAUAGUCUUACAGAGAAAAUAAAGGAUAAACUCAAAGUUGUCAUCCAGGAACCAAAAAUGAGAUCAGGUUUGAUGAAGAACCCUAAACACCUACAACACCCAGAUCAGUAUGUGGACAGUGGUGCAGUUAGUAGUCUUCUUAACCGAGUUGUUAGAGCCAAUGAUAUUCUGCAAUCCAUGCCACCCAAUAUUACACUCAUCAAUGUUAACUUGAAUGGUGUACAAGCUGUAAUCAAUGAAGAAUCUAAAUCUAUUGACUGUAAACCAUGCCCAGUGUCCUUCCUGAAGACAUUAGGGGAAAUCCAUAUGAUUGGUCAGCCAAUAGAUGUCAGUGUGUUUUACCAGUCAGAUUUUCCAUUGGAUGUAAAAUCUCCAUCAAUUAGUUCUCUCAUUAGAUGGGACCAUUCUUACUCAUGGUCAAUACCUGAUUGGCCAGAAUUCUUCUCUAGAGUGAAGGAUGAAGCAGUUAUGCCUUACACUAUAGAUCUUGGUGACUCAGAGGGUAUACAUACACCACUAGCUACACUCAUUUAUCACAGCUGGAUAGCAAUAUCACAGAAAACGUCAAAAGACAAUUCCUUGGAAUCAAAAACUGCAUUGGACAGAGGAAUAACUUUCUCCAAUUUAGACUUAAAUCAAAAUACAGAUACUGUAAAUGAACUUCUCCAAGGAGCUGUUGUACAAGUUCUACAAGGAAAACAAAGAUUUGCAGUACAUAAUAAUGGAAUAGUAUUGUUCUCUGGAAAUUUCAUAUUGUCAUCGGAAAAGUUAGAACUUCCUAAAAUACCAGGAUAUGACUUAGAUAUUAAUGAAAACAUUGAAUAUGCUGAAGACGGGGAUCUCUUACAAAAGACAGAAAUUUUAUGGGAGGAUAACUGGCUAGAUUUCAUCAAUACAGUAUUGGAGUUUAACAUGGAAUAUUUGGAAGGCGGGUUGAUAAAAGUUAUGAUUGAUCCUAUUUCUGUGCAGGAAGAGGUCAAAGAAUGUGCUAAUGUACUGGCAGUGGCUGAAAAAUACACUGGAUUAUGCAAAGCCGGUUCCCUUCUGGUACAGAAUGCUGUCACCUUUGAUAAGCCUGCAGUCACCAGAAAAAGUAAUGUUAGUGAAUACAGCAUGACAUCUGUUAACAUUGUGCUGGCUUAUAGUAUCCAGAGUCAGAAAUCAGACAAAAUAAUGGUCUAUCAGGGCAUUAAUAACAAAACUAAAACAGGUGUUCUUGGACUUGUUCUUAUGACAGAAGAGGAUGUUAUCUGCAAAGAAAUUCCAUUAGCAGCUGAUGAUAAGUGGAGAAUUGAGGAUAUUGAGCAAAUCAUUCCAUAUCUGAUAGCUUUGUAUCUGUUAUCUGAAUCUACAGAAUCUGUAGAGAAACCAAGGUUAUUGAUAUGUCCACCUAUUGAUACAGUAGGGAUGUAUUUAAUGGCUUUAUCCAGUGAGGAUAGUGGUAUCAGUGUGUUUACUUCCAGUUAUGACAUAGAAACAAGACAAAUGGUUGAGUCUACAUUUCCAUUUGUCUGUGUAUUACCAGGGGACAAUCUUGUACAGAGUAUUAAAGCUAUGACACAAGGAGAAGGGUGUGAUGUCUGUAUAAAAUUCACUAGUGGUGAACUGAAUACAUGCAUAGAUUUCAUUGGUACUGGAGGGAAAUUUCUGCAGUGUGCCAAACCAUUAGAACCCUUAGAAUUAGAGAAACUUCAGCAUAACAAAACAUUUAUCCUUGUUGAUGUGAAGAAAGCUUUCUUCAGCUUUUUAUCUCGUAGCCAGGAAGAAAUACAAACUUUGCUGUAUGAAAUGAGAGAUGGAGCUGUAGGAAAGCUGAAAGAAGAAGGAUAUCCAGAAACAAAAGGCAUGCUGUAUAGUUUGGAUGAACGUUCCCACUUCCUGAAUCCUAUCUCUAUAACACAGAUCUUAAAUGUACUUGAUGAACCUGGGAUUAAUUUAACUGACAGCUUUAAAUGUUUGAUGGAAGCUGAUAUGUUAGCAAUGGAAAGACUUCAUAGUGUUAUUACAACAAAACCUAAGGAUUUUUCCUUAUGGGAAAGAGUACAGUUUGAAAGUCAAAAUUCAGAGGAAGAUGAAAAUGAUGAUACAUUAAACGAAGCAAGACUGGCUUCAGCUUGUGAAAGCGUAGAUUUAAAGAUCAGUCAACCUUCUAAAGACGUAGUUAUAGUCAGGGUGCCUAAUGUUCAGAUCACAUUACUAGAUGAACCAGACAGUAAAACUUUCUGCCCUCCUGAUUAUAGGGCUACUUCAACACCAAUGGUUACAUUAAGGGUACACAAGAAAUCAGAUGAUCUUCAUGAAAGUUAUAUUGACAUCCCACUGUCAGACAAUUCCACUUGCAUUAAGAAAGAUUCACUAGUAGUGAAAUUGCUGCCUCCCAAUCCUAUGAUUGUUACACCUGUACCAGAAAAAAGACGGAAGAAAAGUAGACCAAUGGACUUGGUAUUUAUCAAUUCUCCUGGAAUGUCACCUGCAAAAGCUUUUACUCCAAUGACUCCAUCUAUUAGAAUACUUCUGACACCUGCUAUCAAGGAGCCCUCUUUGGUACCUCUCAAUAGUUCACCUAAGCAAGAUAAGCCAUUGUACAUUGUACAUCCUAUUACUGGCAAAGUAACUUUGUUGAAAACACUUGGUGGCCUACUAACUAGACAGUGCUAUGGAAUACAGAGAACAACUUUCACUCCUAGAGAUAGCUUAUACAGUGUAGCUAGUUAUUACACCAAUGCUGUACAGAUGCUACAGACAACAGGUCCUUACAUCAUUGCUGGAUACUCAUUUGGAACAAUGGUGGCAAUAGAGAUGGCUCUGCAGCUUCAGGCCAACAAGAAAAAGGUAGAAAAAUUAAUUCUAUUUGAUGGUGGACCUGAUUAUUUCUCAGCACAAUUCAGAGCAGCACAAAAGGCAGCAAAAGAUGACAGUGAACUGGAUUUGUAUUUAGAAAUAGGAGCUCUGGUGAACUUUUUGAUGAUGUUUGUACCAGUACCUAGUAUUCAAAUGCUACAAAAUAUCUUGCAUCAGUUACCCAACCAAGAGGCUCGCAUACAGACUGUGGUGGAAAUGUCAUUUAAAAAUGUAGAAAUUUGUAUGACUGCAACAAAGACCAAAUGGCUUUCUGCUAAGGAAAAGCUAUUCAGUAAAAAGAAAGGUGCCAAAGAUGUGGGAAAAAGUUCAAUGGCUGAUGCUGCACAGGAAGUGUUGUCAUGGAAACGAAGAGAACAAGCUUCAGACUUCAUAAAAAGUGUCAAUAUGGUAAACAAGUACAAGAAUAAACGUGGAAAAUUUCAAGGUGAUAUACAUUUAUUACGUAUUAAAUCAGACCCAGUGAUGUGUGAACACCUGCCAGUAGACUACGGACUACAGAGCUGGUGUACUGGAAAAGUUCAUAUAACAUUCUACAAUGGAUCUCAUGAAACGUUCUUAAAUAGGGAUUCUGGGAAGGAAGUAGCUGAGGAAAUAACCAAGAUUCUAUCACUUGUGAAGUAA